AGGUGCAAAAGUAUUUGACACAGAAAGAGUUAAACUAACAGAGGCUGCAGGCAAAUUUAAACUCCACACUCUGAAUGUUUCGUUUAAGUAGAAAUCGAAACUGGUGUGCAGUGAUGCUUUCAGACCAGAAACAGGCAAACAACUAAAUUCAACAAAAAUCAACUUCCUGCAAAAAACAGAGUCAACAAGAAGGAUCCUGAAGACUUUGUUCAACAUUUAAUAAUGUAACAGACCUUUAACAUGGUUCAGCAUGUUUCAUAUAAGUUAUUUUCAAACGUAGUUUAUGUUUUAUUCUAUUAUUCUUAAUGUCUAGGAGGACGCUUUUAUUUUGAAAGGAGCCUGGUUGGAAGUAGAGUGGCUGGCUUAAUUAAUUUUGUUCAUCUGGCACGUGGCUGCGGAGCGCACAAGGAAAUAUUACAAUUAGUACUUCCUACUUCCUGCUUCUGAAAACAUGUCGGACAACAUACAAAAGGACCCACAAGUUAUCCUCUGUGAAAUGUGUACAGAGGAGGACAGGAAACCAGCACGGAAGACCUGCAUGAAAUGUGAGAUCUCCAUGUGUGUCCAGCACCUCCAGGCCCACCUGACCACUCCUGUGUUACUACAAACCCAUCCUCUGACUGAACCCAUGUCUGCAUGUGGCACCACUAAAUGUCCCCAACAUGGAAAACUCCUGGAGUACUACUGCUUGGAUGACAUGACCUGUGUGUGUGUUUCGUGUGCCAUCGAAGACCAGCACCGCCUACACAAUAUGAAGACCUUCUCCACGGCCCACAAAGAGCUCAUGGAAAAGCUCAAUGCUGAGCAGCAGGCCUUACUGGUGAAAACUGAUGAUGAGAAUGCGAGUCUGGAAAAGUGGGAGAAGAGUGAAAGAGAGAAGCUGGGUCACUCCAGUGUGCGUCUCAUAGAGGCUGUGACUAAACUGCGUGACAUGGCCCUGACCAGUGUCCAGAGUUCAGUCUCUGCUCGUAUGACGUCCUUAAAAACCAGCAAGAACAGCAUGCAAGCAGCACAGAACGAGAAGGACACCUACAGGUUCCUGCAGAUGUAUUCUCAGGUGCGUCAGGAUGUGGAGAAGGCCAAAGCUGUGGAUCUGAGGAAAGGAUUAGAGCCUGGCGCUGAUCGUGACAAACUGGUUAAGGAGAUGAGAGAGAGUGGUGAAAAGAUGGUGAAGCAAGCAGACGAGGGGAUCCCUGUUGACUCUGGUUGACCCAGAGAACCACCAGGAGCUUCUGCCUACUACUUCAAGGCAGAUGUUUGAACCAAAGAAUCUGAGCCCUGGCAUGUCACUGUCCAAAGACAAAAGGAUGGUUUUCUACAAUAGUUCGAUGGGACAAUGUUCUGCCACUCUUCUAAUCUGUAGUACUGAGUCAGUUCAUAGCAUUUCAGCCCGUUCUCCUAACAUUCAGAGGUGGGUGAUCAGCCUUUCCAAAGACUAUGACUGGACCAUUGGUUUAUGUCACAAAUCCUCUGUAAACAACUUAAUGGGCGGACCUGUUUAUGGUCUGUGCUGCAAAGAUAACAAGCUCAGCUCUCUCACGCAUCGAGGAAAGACACAACACACAAAUGCAGCACGGCCUGAAAUGGUUGAAGUGUUUUGGAACGUUGCUGCUUCCUCGCUGUCCUUCCUCAGCAGAACCGGACAGCACCAGAGGGAAGAAAUAAUCACAAUUAAGAUGGGCCUCAACACCUUGGACUUGGUCCCCUUUGUUCAACUAGGAGAGGAAAAAGGUAGAAAUAUGUCCCAGGGGAAAUGGAAGUGCCCCUGUGGGAAGAUUCACCACUUUGAUGGCAAUAAUUGGGGUGAUAUGUCCUAUUCCUCUCGCCAGGUUAAGUGUUCAUGUGGAGCAUUUAUUAGUGGCUUAUGGACCACAGAGGUUGUUUGUGAGCUUCAGUAAUUGGUGGGACAUCUCUGAUGAUUGUUAAUCAAUAUACAAAGCUAAGAAGUGCAUGGCUACACAUAUCUACAGUAAUAAUGUCUAUUUGCUGUCACUGGAUGAUUACAAAUCUUAAUAAUUAGUGUUAAGUUGCUGUCAAAUGAAAAUAGAGUGCAAAUAUCUAGUGUUCAAAAUAUAUAUCACAUACUAUAAGCAAAUGAAUGUCUCUUGCUUCAUUGUAUAACAAUGUUAUUUUGUUUUGACGAUAAUGUUUCUACUUAUUUUUGCCUCCCAGUUUAAGGUGUAUGUCUCCAUCUACUGGUGGUGGAUGUGUCAUUGCUCUCACAUAUCUUACAGUUACUACAGACUCUGGUUUUAAUAAUUCAGAAUGGCAACAAGAAAUUUACGUCUAUCAUAUUGUAUUUACAUUGUGAUUGACCUGAUUAAUAAUAAAGCCAGUGAAGUUUGGA